AUGGAGCCGGCCUCCGGAGUGUCCAGUUCAAACCGCCUGGCCAUCCUUGUCCAGAAACUGACACUCGACCCACAGGAGGAAAAGGCCAGCCCGGCUGAACUCGACAAGAUCCGGGACUUUUACAACCAGCAGCAACAACAACAACCUUCGGGAACCGAGCUCUCGACAGUCGUGAUUGAGAAACUCGAGAUCUUGCGGCGUUACGAAGCAAGGUUCCCAGACCUUGCAGGUGCAUUCAAAAAGAUCGUGCAGGAAAAGAUCGCUGCGGAGGCUGUCCUUAGGGCAUCGACCCCUUUGGAGGAUUUGGGGGAUGUGGAUGCACUAGAAGCUCACUUGCAAAACAUGUCCACCAAGAACGAGAUGUCCAUGAAAGAGAUCAAGCGUCUCUCGGAGGAACUGCGUCAAGCACUCAAGGAAUCAGAGUCGCACGUCGCCCUAAUUGAGACAUUGCGAGCGCAACUCAUGGACUCUGAGCGAAACGCCAAGGACAGAGAGUCCUUUACCGAGAUCGAGCUUGACAUAGAGACCAAAGUCAACACCUCAUUUGAUCUAUCUGCAGGUUCCCCGCCUUCUGCCCCUGUCACGCCUCCACCUCAGAUUGGCAGUCUCCCAUCGACAGCCCCUACAACACCAGUCGCUUCUAGCACACCUCCGACAUCAAAGUCCAAAAAGCCCAAGGAUCCCGAAAAGAAGAACCAGGCACUUCGGGAACUCAUGACUCGACUGGAAGCUGUCCUCAAGGAAAAGAACCAGGCCCAGGAGGAUCAAGAGGAGGCUGUCGAACAGGUUAGGCAGCUCCAGAUCAGGCUCGAUCAGGAGAUUCAGGCCAACCAGGAUAUCACAGCCAAGUUGGACCAGUUGCGAGCCACUGUCGCCGAGUUGGAGGAAGUCCGCACCGAGGCCGCUGAGACUGGAUCGACAUUGGCACUGAAUGAUGCCAUCCAGGUCGCACGAUCAGAAGCUGAGGCUGCUCAGACGGCCAAGAAGGAGCUCGAGAUCAAGUUGUCAACCAUCCAGAAGGCGCAUACAGUCCUCCAAGAGUCCAUGGGCCAGACUGAGCGGACACUAGAGACGGCCAAGAAUCAGAUCCGGGUACUGGGCGAUGUCUCCAAAGAACUACGGACUGCCAAGUUGGAACUGGAUGACGUCCAAGAGGAGCUCCAAGAGAAGCAGCGGUUACUUGACCUGGAACGUCGAUGGCGUGAAGAGGCAGAGGCGAGUCGUGAUACUAUAAAGCGGGAGUAUGAUGAGGCCGUCAAGAGUAGUCGGCGACUUUUGGAGGAGGCACAGGAAAGGUCGACUGCAAUGGCGUCGACAGUGGAUGCCGCUUUGACUACAACGGGCAAGUACAACGAAAAAAUCGACUCGCUCCAGUUGACUAUCUCACAGCUGGAAGAGCGCUUUGCCGGAGUCAACCGUGUGCGAGUCGAGCUCGAGCGUACUUUGGUAGGAAGAUCAGAUCGCGCAUCGGAGAUCUUGGUUCUCAACGGCAGGAUUGCACAGCUUGAACAAGAGUCACGCAGGCAACUACAACAGAUCCAGGCAUUGGCAUUGGAAAAGGAAUCCCUCCUGAAGGCCGCAUUGGCCGACAAUGAAGCUACGAGAAUCACCACCAAUGCUGAACUCACAUCUGCCGUUGCCGUACGAAUUGAUCAGGCCACAGCUACAAUGACGUCGGCAAAUACAGCAGCUGAGGCGACCAGCACCGUAGGCCCUGACCCAUCAGCAACGACAAUCCAGACUCUGCAGGACAGGAUUACCCAACUGGAAGCAGAACCCAAGGCCAUGGGUCCUGUACCAUCCCUGAACGACCUCAAGAAACUUCAUGACGAGCUCAGUUCUGUCAGACAAGCCAGAGUCGAAGCAGAAGAGACCAUCACGGCCCUCCAGAUCAAAGUCCAGGCUGCAGCGGCAGCAUCCGAAGCCGCCAAGGAGAGCGAUACAACCAUCAGCCUCGAGGAACUCUCGUCGCUAAAGCAGGAGCGUGCAGAAUUGUCGGAGAAACUGACCCGUUUGGAGAGAUUGCACCAAGGAUUUGAGCGGUCGUCGUCAGAGCGGAUCCAGACACUGGAACAGGAGCUUGCUGUCUUACUUGAACAAAAGUCGGCGCUGGAGGCUCAAGUCCAGGAGCAGUCUGACCUUCUUAUCCGGGAAAAGCAGAAGGAGAAGGAAAUAGAACAAGCCCGCGUUGCGGAGGGGAUCGAUCGGGUGACGCUUGAGUUGGCUGCUGUGAGGACGGCGGAACGGUUUGCGAGCAGCAAGGUGACCGAGUUGGGCAAGGAGAGAGAUUUGGUCGUUGAAAAGGUGGUCAGGCUGGAGAAGCACCUUGAGAAGCUGAAAGAGUGUAAGGUCGGGCAGGAGCAGAGCUUGACUGGUCGCAUCCAGGAGCUAACGCUAGAGAAGGAAGCCCUGAAGAAACAUGUGGAGACCCUUCAGUUAGAACUCGAACAAGUCAACGCUCAGUCAGAGAAAAACGAGAAGGAAAGAUCGUACGAACAGACAGGGGUGUCAGAAGAACGGGACAGAGCUGUUGGCAGGGUGACCAAGUUGGAGCUAGAUUUGCAUACUACGACAGCAGAAUCCAAUGUUGCUCCGUCUGCAUGUCAAAAACAGGACAAGAACAUGGACAUGGACAAGGACAAGGAGCUACUGGCGCAGCUGACGUUGGAGCUCAAGACAAAGUCCAAGAAGCUCGCCAUCGCACAGGAACAAGCCCAGGUCCAGCGAACGAUGCAUGCCGACAAGAUUGCCCAACUCUCCGGUCAGAUUCAAGCCCUGAAGACCGAACGAGAUUCCCUAUUGCAGCCCAAGACAGAGCUCGAGUCACAGCUUGCAGAGAUGACGGAAAAGACCCAGAGACUGGAGCAGCAAGUCAAAGUCAUGGAGGAAGACGUGGAGCGCUUAUUGCUGGCCAAGACGGAGGCUCAGGAGCAAGUGUCGGGACUUCAAGAUCGAAUCACCGCUUUUGGACUACGAGAGCGCGACCUGAAGGACGCCCUAGCGUUGGCCACGGAGACGAUGCAUCACCGCGAUGAGGAUCUGUCGUUGACUCAGAAGCAGCUAAGGAAGGCGGAGAGUGAGUUGGAGAAGACUGAGCAAAGGCUGGUCAAGGUUGAUCAGGCGAAAAAGUCCUUGGAGGAGGAGUAUGCCGCGUUCAAGAGUACUGUCUCCAGGAACCAGCAAGAGGCCAAGACUCAGGCCAACCUUGCUGCCAGUCAACAGUCUACAAUAUCAAAGGAGCUCCAGCGUCUGAAGGCGACACAGGUCAAGACCCUGCAGGAGAGAGACCAGUUCCAGAAGGACAGAGACCUUAUGGUGCAGGACAAGGAAGCGGGUCAGAAGGAACUUGAGCGGAAACAGGCAGAGCUGGACACCUUGAAGCGUAUGCACGAGUCAGCCGAGACCCAGAUGCGGGAGUACCAGAGUCAAUUGGCAGAGGCCCGCAACCGGGUUGAUACCCUUGAGGAGUUGACAUCGAUAGCAAAGCGAGUGGCAGAGACCAAGGUGACUGAGCUGGAGCAACUCAAGAUCAAGAGCGCCGAGUCUGAAAAGGAGUUUGUCAGAGUCAAGAGCCAACUGAGGACCAAGGACGAGGACUACCGUGCACAAAAGGACAAGUUCAGGUCUGAGGUGGAAGAGACGCGGCUGGUUCUUGGAAAUGAGAUUGCAGAAUUAAAUGAACAGCUGGAGAAGAACAACCAGGAAACCAUGGCACUCCAGACGUUGAGUGUCCAGCAGGGCGAGGAGCUGGAUGUGACGAAGUCUAGGUUGGAGGUGCAGGAGACUAUGGUGAAGACCCUGGAAGAGGAAGCAGAGGAAAUCAAGCUUCGGAGGCGGGAUCUUGAGCUGGAGCUUCAACACUUCAAGGAUCUGGAAGAAAUUAUGGCUAAGGACCGAGCAGAGCACUCGACCCUUGUCGACGACUACAAGAUGCGGGAAGGUCAUUUGCGAACCGUCAACAAGACUUUGAAAGAAGAGGUGCGCAAGCUGCAGAGGCUGGGUCCUGGCUCACCAUUGCCAUCACCAACAUCGCCCCAUGCGCCUUACAACUCUCAGAAUAAUAUACCCAGCACACCAACACCAGUAACACCACGACCAAGAGCUGCUGGUGGAGGAGGAGGACCACAGCCCCUUGGUAGAGCAGCCACGAUGGCUCUGCCUGUCACGCCACGGUGGUCGUCGCCGAGUCAGACCCAUUCUGCGGCUGAUGACGAUGUCAAUGUCGAGUAUCUCAAGAACGUCCUCCUCAGCUUUAUGGAGCACAAAGAGCGCCGCCAACAAUUGAUCCCAGUGGUGGCGCAGAUGCUUCGACUGUCGUCGGACGAGACCAAACGGUUUUCCAAGGUUGUCUAA